GGCGGCUCUCCGGAGCCGGUGAGAUCGCCGGGCGGAGCGAACAAUGGGCCGGGGGCUCGGGCGAGCGGGGCGCUCUGCCAAGCGGUUGGGAGAGCGGCGGUAACGAUGGCAUUUGUUCAGCGCUCGCUAGGUGCAGAGCACCGUUCCGAGCGGUGGGACCGUUGGGCAACAGAGCCCCGCCCCGGGCGGGGUCGGGGCGGGACGCUCGUUAAGGGAUGGGCCGGGAAGGGCGGGUCCCGAAGGAAAGGGGGCUAGGGUGGAGGGACCGUUGGGCGUUUUCCUCCCCGGCGGCAUGCGGCACCGCACCCUUGCUUCCGCUCCCGCCCUCUGGGCUUCCAUUCCCUGUCCCCGCUCCGAGCUGAGCCUGGAUCUCGUGCUGGCCUCCGGUCAGUCCUUCCGGUGGAGGGAGCAGAGCCCAGGGUAUUGGACCGGUGUCCUGGCGGGUCGGGUAUGGACACUGACCCAGGCUGAGGAGAGGCUCUACUACACCGUGUACAAGGCAGAGGCUGGCAGCCCUGAUCUCAGGAAGGAGACGGCAGAAGAGCAGGAGAUCCUGCACCAGUUCUUCCAGUUGGAUGUGCAGCUGGCAGAACUUUACCGACACUGGGGCUCUGUAGACCCGCACUUCCGGCAAGUGGCGCAGAAGUUCUUGGGAGUGCGGCUGCUACGGCAGGAUCCCGUGGAGUGUCUCAUCUCCUUCAUCUGUUCCUCCAACAAUCACAUCUCUCGUAUCACUCGUAUGGUGGAGCAGCUCUGCCAGGCUUUUGGUCCACGGCUCUGCCACUUGGACUCAGUGCCUUAUCACAGUUUUCCUAGCUUGCAAACCCUGGCAGGGUCUGAUGUGGAACAGCAGCUCAGGGCACUGGGAUUUGGCUACCGGGCUAGGUUCGUGAGUGAGAGUGCCCAGACCAUCCUGAGCGCGCAUGGGCCUGACUGGCUACAGAGACUGCGCACAGCUUCCUACACGGAGGCCCGGCAGGCACUCUGCUCACUGCCCGGAGUCGGGGCUAAGGUGGCAGACUGCGUGUGCCUCAUGGCACUAGACAAGCCUGGGGCUGUACCGGUGGACACCCAUGUCUGGCAGAUUGCCCACAGGGACUACCAGUGGCAGCCAGCUUCUGGAUGCAAGAGUGUGAGUGAGAAGGCUAACAGGGAACUAGGUGACUUUUUCCGGAAUCUCUGGGGCCCUUAUGCUGGCUGGACUCAAGCGGUUCUGUUCUGCGCAGAUCUGAAGCCAGCCCAGGCCUCGAAGCAGCAGCUCAAACAGAAAAAGCAGAGAGUAGAGGAAUGCUCGGUGCUGGAUAAAGUCUUUGGCUGGACACGGAGCCGGGACACAUCCGUCAGCAACAGACCCCGGGCCCCCUGCUGCACCCUGGCGCUCUGACCCCCCCCACCCUCCUGGCCCUGGACCUCUUCUCGACAGCUGUGGCGAUUGAGGCAAGGCACGGGGCCGGGCCCGGGCCGAGAUGGCGGGUGGGGUGGACCAGGGCAGAGGGAAGCCCAGUGGGGCAUAUCUUGCCUGGCCAAGCAAGGUAGUGGGAUGGUGGGGGGCAGGGGCGGGAAGGAGAGAGGGGAAUCAGAAAGACAAGGACUCAGAGGCUUCAGGAUGAAGCUCCUAAUACCAGAG